UCGUUCUAGCAUUUGAUUGUUUACUUGCUCACUUAGAGAGAGUUUAUCAACGUUGUAGGUGUUCGAUUGUGUAUUAUCAUCGAAAAGUAAACUACACUGUGACAUUUUGUGAAAAUACGUCCAGAGAUAAUGGCGUGCUGCAAAGGUCCCGGUUAUUCGUCGCCACUGGACGCGUUCAGGAACGGGCCGCGUGAGGAGCUCCUGUAUGUCGUGUGUGUCCAGCCUGACAAGACUAAAGAGGACUACUUAGCCACCGUCGACGUUGACCCUAAGUCGCCUACGUAUAGCCAGGUCAUCCAUCGCACCUACACCGGCCAUGUGGGUGACGAGUUACACCACAGCGGGUGGAAUGUCUGCUCCAGUUGCCAUGACAACGCGAGCCUGAAGAGGAACCUGCUGAUUCUGCCUGCAUUGGUGUCCAGCAAUGUGUAUGUGGUAGAUGUAGGCACUGAUCCACGCAAACCGAAGCUGCAUAAGGUAAUCGACGGUUCGGAGAUGAGGUCAUUCAACUGCAGUUUCCCUCACACGACGCACUGCCUAGCAUCUGGCGAAAUCAUGAUCUCAACGAUGGGCGAUAAAGACGAAAACGGGAAAGGGGAUUUCGUCCUCAUCGACUCGCAGACUUUGGAAGUGACAGGGACGUGGACAAAAGGGAAAACUGCGCAGUUCGGAUAUGAUUUUUGGUAUCAACCUUACCAUGAUGCUAUGAUAUCUACGGAAUGGGGUACACCUAAAUACUUUAAAACGGGCUUCCACCCAGACGACGUACCCAACCCUCAGAGAUACGGCUCAUCCCUAAACAUGUAUAAGUGGUCAACCCGCGAGCUCCAACAAGUCAUAGAGCUGGGCAAGGAAGGCACGGCUCCCCUCGAGGUCAGAUUCCUCCAUGAUCCUAAAGCCGCACUGGGAUUUGUCGGAUGCGGAGUCGAGGCUAAUGUUUUCAGGUUCAAAAAGAUCCCCGAUGGAAAGUGGAGAGCUGAUAAAAUCAUUGAUGUGCCAGCAAAAAAAGUAUUGCAAGAUGGCGUCGAAACCGAGCUUAAUGGAUUGAUGACCGACAUCCUGCUGUCGUUGGAUGACAAGUAUUUAUACUUCACGUGCUGGCUGCAUGGCGAUGUCCGUCAAUAUGACGUGUCGGAUCCGGAGAACCCAAAGUUGACCGGCCAGGUCUUUUUAGGAGGACAAAUUGCUAGUAGAAACUUAACUGUUGUUGAAGAUAAGGAAAAUAAGGGUCCGUACAAGCAAGUGACGGUGAAAGGCAAGACUCUGCAAGGCAGCCCGCAGAUGCUUCAGCUGUCUCUCGACGGCAAGAGACUCUACGUGUCAUGUUCUCUUUUUUCACCUUGGGAUAAACAGUUCUAUCCGAAAUCAGUCGAAGAGGGCGGCUGGAUAGUAAAACUGGACAUUGAUACCGAAAACGGAGGCAUGACCCUUGAUCCCAACUUCCUCAUCGACUUCGGAAAAGAACCCAACGGGCCGGUCUUGCCCCAUGAAAUGAGGUAUCCGGGAGGGGACUGCACUUCAGACAUUUGGCUGGCUGACAGUUAAUAAACUGCGCACUAUAUUGUGUAACUGUAACACACUGUAAACACUGUAAAAAAAUAUAGGUACCUUUUAAAUUUUUUUAGGUUAUUGUAAAACCUAGGGGAAAACUCUUUUACCUUGUCUUAUAUUCGUAUAAUUGUAUGCUGUCUAUGUGACAAAUGAUUUAUUUUUAUGAUAUUUACAUAAACAAUACAAAAAUCACAACUUAA